AAAAGGUUAUUUUAACCACUUUUAGGACUCCAUAUCCAAGGUGAGUAUGGAAGAAGAAGAAGCGCCGGCCGCCAGUAAACAUAAACAAAGUCUUGACACCAGUGACCAGGGAGAACUUUUAACCAGGUUUCGAUGGCACUUCAGACUGACUUAGAUUCUUGUUCCUUAUGCCUCCGUGAUAUUGCUCAGCAGCGUCACAUCAAGGGAAACGUCUGUCUGAAGUAUUCAGGAUCAUCCACAAGUGAAGUUGUUGCCUAUAUUGUUGGACAAGAGGUUCCAAUACUUUCUAUAUGUUUUAGGUGUUACAGACUCCUCCUUGGCAUUGAUUAUCAUCAGCAUGAAUUCAAGAGACUGAAAGAUUCCAUUGUUAAGAUUUACUUCGAACGUAAUCCACAGGAGAAACCUAGCUCAAGUAUUUCUGAAACUGAGUCUUCAGAUCCACAGAACCCUAGUGCUGAAGGACAAUUAUCCAGUCAUAGUGAUGUUACUCCUUCAGGCAAUUCUGUUCAAAAUGCCUUCAACAUUGAAUGCCCUGGAUACAGUUUACAGGAUGUUGAUGUAAAUUCUGAAGGAGCCAGAAGAGAAGAAGAAUAUGAUGUAAAAGAAGGUGGAGUUAUCAGUUCAGAAGAGAAGAAUAUCCAAGAUACCAACCGAGGAAAGUGUAUCUCAGUAAGAUCAUCCAGAAGGAGUAAAAAAGAGAAGAAACUGUGUGAUUUUGAGUAUUAUACUGAUGUUUCAAAAGAUGACAGCAAAACGUUGGAGCCUCAGAAUACUGAAGUUACAUGCACUGAAAGUGAUGCAUUAGUCAAUGAGGAUACUGAAAAAAAUUAUUGCACUCUUUGUUCUAAAGACUUUGCUAUAAGAAAAGACUAUCUCAGUCACUCUUGUUUGAAAAUCGUUGGAAAGAGGGUCACACUUAAAUGCAAAGGCUGCCAGAUGCCAUUUUCUGUUAGACAGCAUUACAUGAAACACAUUGACCAUUGCUAUAAAAAUGUUCCUGUAAAAUGUCAUCUUUGUAUGGUAAGUCUUAUUCUUUUAUUGCACCUUUGUUGUACUGUAUAG